CGUACAUAAAAAACAGGACCAAAGACUUACUUCUCAGAGGUGUUAAUUAUUCGCAAGACUCCAUUAGUCACAUAAAACGAGCUAUACAACAUAUGUCGAAAUUAGGGUUAUUACUUAAUGUAACAGAAAUCCAAUUCCAUGAAGAUUUUCAAUCGAACGGGUUUUUUGGCAUUGAACGCAGUGAACUGGUCAACAAAAUAAGCAGCCUCAAAGCGAAAUCAAGAACGAUUGCUGCUGUAGUGGCAGCGAUUGGUCUAGUAACCACGGUUAUAUUGGGCUUUGUCACAGGUCCCGUAGGCAUCGCGAUUGGCUUAGCAGCAGCUUUAGCAAAAGCUGGCAUUCCACUUGGAGUUACUAAUGGCUCUUCAAUACCAAAGAUAGAGCAACAACUAACAAUAAUUGACGAGUUUUACAAUAAGCUGCAAGAUGCUUUGAUUCGUGCUAAGCAAGAAUGCCGUAAGGUCGAUGAGGCUUUAAAAACGGAGCUGAAUGAAAUCAAUAAACUAGCUAAUGACAUUCAAACACCCCAACCCGAUGAUAUGAUGAUUCCGGAAUUCAGUAGUUUGUUUGUCGACUCGUUGAAUACGCUUUCUAAUUCAUGUAAGAGGUACGUCACAUCACACCGAUCAACGAUAUCUAGAAGACGACGGGAUGCCGUUGCCAAGAAGCUAUCAAUUACACCAACCAACUAUGACUUGGAACCAGGCAUGGUUUUGAAUGAAAAUUACGGAGUCAUGCACGAGAUGGUAUUCAAAGAAUUCUUCAGCGAUCCGCACAUUUCGCAUGCUAUAUAAAAUAGCGUAAUGAUUUUGUUCUGCAUAGAAAUAUCCGUAAAAUUUGCAGUUUGAUUGAAUUUCGUGUUUCCAAACAUGCAGAGAAUACUGUUGAAAAUUUUCAACUAUUAUUUGAUACGCAAACAUUUUUUCUUAUAUGUAUGAACUUUGUAAACCAAAUAAAGAGAUUUCACUAUUUUA